AUGAUUUCAAAAGCAGAGCCGGCAGCUUGGCAGCCUCUAUCCAUCGCCAUUGUUGGUGGUGGUAUUGGUGGUCUUGCAGCGGGUAUAUCCCUUCGACGAGCCGGCCAUACGGUCACUAUUUACGAGCGUGCGAAUUUCGCCGGUGAAGUUGGUGCUUCUAUCUCAUGCGCCGCCAACGGUACUCGAUGGCUGCAUGAAUGGGGUGUCAAUGUCGAGAUGGGAGAUCCCGUUAUUUUGCGCAAACUCAUCAACCGAGACUGGGAGACAGGCGAGGCGAUGAACGUUUUUGAUUUGGCAGACUAUGAGGAAAAAUGGGGACACGUUUAUAAUAUGUUUCACCGACAGUAUAUGCAUGCCAUGUUGAUGGAAAGUGCUGUUGGGGAGGCAGGCGAAGGAACACCGGUCACAUUGAUUGUUAACCACAAGUGCGUCAACAUUGAUUCUGCCUCCGGCCUCAUAACAUUCGCGAAUGGCAACACCGUUCAACAUGACGUUAUCAUUGGCGCUGAUGGGAUCGGCUCCGUUGUUCGUGGUUUGAUUGAUAUCCACCCAGAAAAGAAACCCUCCACUUCUAGCUGUCUGCACACGAACGUCACGACGGAGGAAGCCGUAGCCCUCGGCCUUAUUGACUACUCUCAAAACAAUGCUAUCGAAUACUGGGGAGGUCACGGUACACCCAAUAAGAUUGUUCUCUCUCCUUGCAAUGGAGGUAAACUUCUUUCAUACUAUUGCUUCUUCCCAAGAGAAAAAGGUGACUAUGCCACCCAGAAAUGGGAUGAAGAGUCUACCGUUGAAGAAUUGCUAGCCCCAUACCCGGAUUUGGACCGCAAUGUGUUCAAGCACCUUAGUAUUGGCAAAGAUAUUCGUCCUUGGAGAUUGUGGGUACAUAAGCCUUAUGACUGGUGGCAAAAAGGUGUAGUCUGCGUGAUGGGAGACGCCGCACAUCCGAUGAUGCCUGAUCAAAGUCAAGGAGCUUGUAUGGCUAUUGAAGACGCAGCUUGCCUUGGCCUAGUUUUCAGCAAGGAGCAUUUCCGUGGCGACAUUCGUGAAGCUCUUGAAGUAUACGAGAAGAUUCGCAAGCCUCGGGCAACACGUGUUCAGGCAGCCUCUCAAAGAGCCAGAGAGAAUAUUUACGAGCGUAUUGGUUUCUCGAGUAACACGAACAAUGAGAAGUAUACGGUCCAAGACGAGUCCAAUAAGUUGACUAUCGAGGAGAUGAACGCGUAUGAUAUGAAAAAGGAUGUCGCAAGCGUAUUCGCCAAUCGAUCCAAAAUUUAA